AGUGAACUCCAAAGGCUCGCCAUGAUCGGGACGCAAGAUGGCGCCCCCAACUCCAAGGCCAACCUCACCUCCUCCACCACCUCCUCCUCUUCCUCUUCCUCCUCCUCGUCCCCCUCCAAGCACGUGGGCAGGUCCUCCUCGGUGCCCACGGAGAGGCCGCCCUUGAGCCACACCUCCUCCCCCUCGGAGGCCUCGGGCGACUUCCACCACAAGCUCUCCUCCUCGACCUCCUCCUUGCACACCUCUUCGCCCUCGCACCUCGUGAAGUCAGCCUCCACCUCCACCCUCACCUCCGCCUCCAACACCAAAACCUCGGCCACCUCCUCCACCGUGUCGAGUGGCGGCGGGCCCCAGCAGCGCGCGCGAGGGGGCGGCGGCGCGGCCAAGAAGGACGCGCCGGCCGGAGACAAGGACAAGGGAGAACUCUACGAAAAAGGUGAGGUUUGGGUCCUGCGCCGCCUCUGUCGCCGGCGCGGGACGGGCAGGUGUCCGGCCGGAGGAGGGCGCCGCGCUGUGUGCUGCCACGAGUAAGUCUGGCGAUUUCGGGUUGACUUGCUCGGGAUUUUUUGCCGAAAU